UUGCUACGAGAAAAAACAGAGAAAAAGAGGCAGAGAGACGAAGACUCGAGCAGAAGACCGAGCAGUUUUAACAGCUCGAAAAUUAGUCCAAGGGCUUAAGACAAAACCCGAUCAAGUUCGGAAGAAGAUCUCUACUCACUCUCUCACUUGCUUCCUCAGUUCUCUAUUCAAGCAAUCAAAGAUGGAUUUCCAGUUGCAGAGAGAGUGAGGGGAACACUGUCCAUGUUUGCGUUUCAGAUUUGGGGGCACAGGAGCAAUAUCUUGGAAUUCAUGCGGAUGAUGUUGUGGUGCUGGCUGCGACCAUAUCUCAGGAAUAUAAUGAAGUGGGCCUUGCCAAUACGGCAUCUUGUUCAAUCAAUGGUGAAUCGAAGACACCAUAUUUGGUUCAGCUAAAGUAAUUUUCACUGCAGUAGCUUCCAAUCCUCUCCAUACCGGCAAUAUCAUCCAGCCUCCUUUAUUAAAUACAUACUUGUCUGCUACUCAAGUGGAGUCUCGGAGAGUACCUUCAGAAAAGGUUAAAAGUUGCAGUCUGGUUUUCAUAUCCUGUGGUAAUUCAGAGAACCAGGUUGAGUCCGUAUGGCUGAUGUAAGUCCAAGAACUGACAUCUCUACUGAUGGAGACACAGACGAGAAAAAUGAAAGGUUUGAUAGAGGUCAAUCUAGUGCUCUUGUGGCGUAUGAUUCUAGUGACAGAUCAAAGGAUAAAUUGGAUCAGAAGACUCUUCGUAGGCUAGCUCAGAAUCGCGAGGCUGCUCGGAAAAGUCGAUUGCGGAAGAAGGCAUAUGUGCAACAACUUGAGAGCAGCCGUUUGAAGCUGACUCAACUGGAGCAGGAACUCCAACGUGCACGGCAGCAGGGAAUCUUCAUUUCAAGCUCAGGAGACCAAGCCCAUUCAAUGAGUGGAAAUGGGGCCAUGGCAUUUGACGUAGAAUAUGCACGUUGGGUGGAAGAUCAUAAUCGACAAAUUAAUGAACUGAGAGCAGCAGUGAAUUCUCAUGCGGGUGAUGCAGAACUUCGUAUUAUUGUCGAUAACGUACUGGCACACUAUGAUGAAAUUUUUAAGCUGAAGAACAAUGCUGCCAAAGCUGAUGUUUUCCAUCUGUUGUCGGGCAUGUGGAAAACGCCUGCUGAGAGAUGUUUCUUAUGGCUUGGUGGCUUUCGUUCAUCCGAGCUUCUCAAGCUUCUUAUGAAUCAGCUGGAGCCUUUGACAGAACAGCAGUUGUCGAGUGUCACCAACUUGCAGCAGUCCUCCCAACAGGCAGAAGAUGCAUUAUCUCAAGGGAUGGAGGCACUGCAGCAGUCCCUGGCUGAGACGUUGUCCAGUGGAUCUCUUGGCUCCUCCGGCUCAUCUGGAAAUGUGGCAAACUACAUGGGUCAAAUGGCCAUGGCCAUGGGGAAGCUAGGGACUCUCGAGGGCUUCAUUCGCCAGGCUGACAAUCUGCGGCAGCAAACUUUACAACAACUGCAUAGAAUAUUGACAACCCGUCAGUCAGCUCGUGCACUUCUUGCUAUACAUGACUAUUUUUCUCGUUUGCGAGCUCUCAGUUCUCUCUGGCUUGCCCGCCCAAGAGAGUGAACAUGCUAUGCAGUUUGAUUAACAACAUAGAUCAUGCAGGAGAUCCCAAAUGCCAAAUUCAGCUUUUUAAUUCAUCAGUUGUGAUAUUUAGUGCGUAGUCAUUGAAGUAGUCUUUUUCUUAAAUUUAUUUGCAAAAUAUGGGAGUGUUGUAAACCAAAAUUCUUGUACAUGUUCUUGUAUUAGCCACCUUGUCAGCAGAUGUCUCAUGUUAAAUAUUUAUAUAUUUGAAUGAUGAUUGCAACCAUUUUCCUUGUGUCCAA